AUGCGCGGCCUAAACUUCCUCAUUGCCCUCUCCUCAUUCGGCAACAUCAUUGCCGUACAAGUCGGUCUCUCGCGUCAGAUCCGCGAAUGCGGGCGACAGGGCGUGUUGCCAUUCACCAGGUUCUGGGUCUCAACGCGCCCAUUCGGCACACCUCUUGGUCCCUACGCGGUGGUCUGGUUCAUGAUUGCGCUGAUGACCCUCGCUGUUCCGGCGGGCAAUGCGUUCACCUUCGUCAAUGAUCUCAGUAUGCUUCCUAAGGCGGCUUUUAAUUUUGCCAUAGCAGUAGGGAUCUAUGUGUAUCCGCCGGAUGGGGGGCAGUAUGUCGGGGAUGUGAGCUUUUGGUAUGCGACCUAUGCGGUUACAGGCGUUGGGAUAGCAUGCGCAAUCUACUACGCCCUCUGGGCACACUUCACCCCUAACUGGAAGGGCUACAACCUGCGGCAGGAGCUCAUCACGCUAGAAGACGGCGCGCAGAGUAAUCGGUUAAGAAAGGUCCCUAACGAGGAGGUUGAAGAGCGGGAUGCCGUGCAUGUUGCUGGGGGGGCGCCCUAUUGA